UCAUGAGAUGUAUUAGUGUAUGACUUAGGGCAGGACAGGUACAGAGAAAGAUGCAAAUUCCUAAUAUCUUUUAUGUACAUUUGUGAGCCACAGAGCAGUGUGGGUGUAGUCCUAAUAGUCUUACAGUCAGUUAUCCAAUAGACAGUUCCACGAACAGGAUCAUUGUCAACCUUUGAUACAAACUUGGGGAUUAGAAGACUCUUAAAACACCUGUAGAGUUCAUGGGACAAGUGCAUCCGCUCUUUUCAUUCCCAGAUUGGCUUCAUUGGAAAUACUACAACCAUGGGCUUCCCUCUAUGCCUAUGUCUUCUCUCUUUGAUUUUCACAACUGCUUGUGGUUCAGGUUUUAGUGACGACUCAACACUUAAUGAAAACUCUUAUAAGGAAAAGUGGAUGGAGUCUAUACCUGAUGACAAACUCCUUUCAGCUGUUACUAUCCCCGGAACUCAUGAGAGCCUAACUCUGUACGGUGGACCACUUAUACAGUGUCAGGCUUGGACCUUGGAGAACCAGCUGAAAGCAGGAUUGCGGUACUUUGAUAUACGUGUAGAGGCCAGUAUGUUCCACAACAUCCUUGAUGUCAUGGAUGGGCAUUUAGUACACACCAAGUUCCAUGAGGUGCUGAACAUUCUAUGGGAGUUCUUGGACAAACAUGGAAGUGAGUCUGUGCUUUUGAGAGUGACACUGCAAGGAAUAAGCAUGAAAAAAGCUGGAAAAUGUAUCAAAACAUUGAUUGAGAAUUCUGAAGAUAGAGUAUGGACAAAGACAUUUGUCCCUAAAAUGCAAGAAGCAAGGGGGAAGAUCAUCUUCGUGCAGAGUACCAAUUUCAAUGUUGGAACACUUAACCAUGACACUUUUGUCACAGGCGACGACACAUUCAAAGACAUUGAAAACAAGAUGAAGAAGAUCACAAAACAUCUGAAAGAAGCUGAAGAGAAUUGUGGUCAUGCAUUGGCACUGACCGAUUCCUCCGCCACAGCCAUUUUCAAAGGCCCUAAAACUGUGGCCAAAUUGGUUAAUGGUCAGCUCAAUAAGCUCAUAGUUGAACUACAGACAGGCUCUAACAAAUCAGACUGCUUGGGGGUAAUCAGCAUGAACUUCCCCAGUCCAGACCUCAUCCAUAACAUCAUUGAGGUCAAUGGAAAACCAGGGAGUGGUUCAGAAGAGCACUCAGAAGAGCCUGCAUCAGUAGAGCCUGCACCAGCAGGGCCUGAACAUACAGGUUUUAGUGAUGACUCAACACUUAAUGAAAACUCUUAUCAGGAAAAGUGGAUGGAGUCUAUACCUGAUGACAAACUCCUUUCAGCUGUUACUAUCCCCGGAACUCACGAGAGCCUAACUCUGUACGGUGGACCACUUAUACAGUGUCAGGCUUGGACCUUGGAGAACCAGCUGAAAGCAGGAUUGCGGUACUUUGAUAUACGUGUAGAGGCCAGUAUGUUCCACAACAUCCUUGAUGUCAUGGAUGGGCAUUUAGUACACACCAAGUUCCAUGAGGUGCUGAACAUUCUAUGGGAGUUCUUGGACAAACAUGGAAGUGAGUCUGUGCUUUUGAGAGUGACACUGCAAGGAAUAAGCAUGAAAAAAGCUGGAAAAUGUAUCAAAACAUUGAUUGAGAAUUCUGAAGAUAGAGUAUGGACAAAGACAUUUGUCCCUAAAAUGCAAGAAGCAAGGGGGAAGAUCAUCUUCGUGCAGAGUACCAAUUUCAAUGUUGGAACACUUAACCAUGACACUUUUGUCACAGGCGACGACACAUUCAAAGACAUUGAAAACAAGAUGAAGAAGAUCACAAAACAUCUGAAAGAAGCUGAAGAGAAUUGUGGUCAUGCAUUGGCACUGAGCGAUUCCUCCGCCACAGCCAUUUUCAAAGGCCCUAAAACUGUGGCCAAAUUGGUUAAUGGUCAGCUCAAUAAGCUCAUAGUUGAACUACAGACAGGCUCUAACAAACCAGACUGCUUGGGGGCAAUCAGCAUGGACUUCCCCAGUCCAGACCUCAUCCAUAACAUCAUUGAGAUAAACAGAAAUCCAGGAAGUGGUUCAUCUGAACAACCAGAACAGCCUGAACCAUUAGAGCGGGAACCUGCAAAGCCUCAGCCAGCCGAAGAGCCUGAACCAGUACAGCCUGAACCGGCACAGCCUGAAACAGCAGGGCCUGGACCAGUAGAGCCCGAGCCAGCGGAGCCUGAACCAGCAGAAACUCAGCCAGUAGAAGAGCCUGAACCAGUAGAGUCAGAGCCAGCAGAGGCUGAACCAGCAGAGCCUGAACCAGUAGAAAAGCCUGAACCAGCAGAGCCUCAGCCAGCAGAAGAACCUGAACCAGCAACGCCUGAACCAGCAGAGCCUGAACCAGCAGAGCCUGAGCCAGCAGAGGUUCAGCCAUUAGAAGAGCCUGAACCAGCAGAGCCUGAACCAGCAGAGCCAGAACCAGCAGAGCCAGAACCAGCAGAGGCUGAACCAGCAGAAUCUGAGCCAGCAGGACCUGAGCCAGUAGAGCCUGAACCAGUAGAACCAGCAGAGCCAGAACCAGUAGAGCCUGAACCAGCAGAAUCUGAGCCAGCAGGACCUGAGCCAGUAGAGCCUGAACCAGUAGAGCCAGAAGAGCCUGAACCAGUAGAUCCUGAACCAGUAGAGCCAGCAGAGGCUGAACCAGCAGAGCCCCAACUUGCAGAAGAACCAGCAGAAGAGCCUGAACCAGCAGAGCCUGAACCAGUAGAGCCAGAGCCAGCAGAGGCUGAGCCAGCAGAGACUGAACCAGCAGAGCCUGGGCCAGCAGAGCCUGAACCAGCAGAGCCUGAACCAGCAGAGCCUGAACCAGCAGAGCCUGAACCAGUAGAGCACGAGCCAGCAGAGCCUGAACCAGCAGAGCCUGAACCAGUAGAGCCAGAGCCAGCAGAGGCAGAACCAGUAGAGGCUUAACCAGCAGAACCUGAACCAGCAGAACCUGGGCCUGAACCCCCAGGGGAGCCCAAAGAGCCUUACUGGAAUAACCAAGGAAGAAGAGAUGCAAUGAGAAACAUUGAAGAGAUUAAAAAACACAAUUAUUGUCCAAUUAACCUCAGUAAAGAAGAAUCCCAUCUAAAACCUUACAACAAUAAAUACAAAAUCAAAUGCUCCCUUCAAACAGUAAAACAAUUGUCUACUAUGUGGUAUUUUGUAUAUUAACUGCAUGUUUAACUUGGAAAGACCGACUGUUCCAUGUUGCAGUUGAAAUAUACAAAUAUGAUAGUUACUUUAAAAUUAACCCAUCUGUGCUGAGAUCUGUCUGAGGGUAUUUUUUCCCAUCAAUACGUUUAAUAAAAUAGCAUAGGGCCUUUCAGAAACCUGUAUCUAAACCCACAGUGACACCUACAGGUUACAAUGCAUAUUACUGCUUGUUUUGAUGGUGAUUCAUCUGGACAUGUAAAUGAUUUCAAGUCUCUAAGGCGAUCACUUACACCCUCUUAUGUAUGUAACAUUUCCGUUUAAAAUGUUUUCUAAAAAAAAUCUCUAUUAUGUAUGUAGGAGAGCUGCUUCAAAUAAUAUAUCUAAAACAAUGUAUAAUGUCAACAUAAAUAGUUAGAUACAAAUGCUGCGUUUACAUACAGUGCAAGUUCUCCCACUUAAAAAGAUGAGAGAGGCCUGUAAUUUUCAUCAUAGGUACACUUCAACUUUGACAGACAA